AUGUCGGGUGGUUCAUGUACCCCCGAGCAAGAUGCCCAGAAUCAGAUACCACUAAGCAAGACCGGCCUGGCCGGUCUCCAUAGUGAUAGGUGUCUACAUACCGGUCCUGUUCCAGAUGCUGGGCGUAUAUCUUCGGACGGCAUGCAGGAUGCCAACCCGAAACGUGCCAAUUACGGCGGCUUCCAAAGCUCCCAACCCACCCAGGACCAUGUGAAUCAAGGCAUACCGAUCGAGACAAUAGCCACCAGCGGCUCCAUAGCAUCCCCAAUCCAUUCAGUCUUUACCAGAAACCAGAAGAGAUUCAUUGUCUUCAUGGCGGCAUGGGCCGGUUUUUUCUCUCCUGUUUCUGGUAACAUAUAUUUUCCGGCAUUGAACCCGCUGGCUAAAGAUCUCAACGUCUCCAACACCCUCAUUAAUCUGACCCUGACUUCAUACAUGAUAUUCCAAGGCUUGGCUCCAAGUUUCUUUGGCGACUUCGCAGAUAUCGCGGGUAGACGUCCUGCUUAUGCUGUUUGCUUUGCUGUUUAUAUUGUUGCCAACAUUGGCCUUGCGCUGCAGAAUACUUAUCCCGCACUCUUCGUUCUGAGGUGUAUUCAGAGCACAGGCAGCAGUGCUACAAUUGCAAUGUGUAGUGCUGUGGUGGCCGAUGUCACUACCGCUUCCGAACGUGGUAAGUAUAUGGGCGCCGCAUAUUCCGGAAGUCUUUUGGGCCCUGCGAUUGGUCCGGUCAUUGGGGGUGUCCUUGCAGAGUUCCUGGGAUGGCGCGCUAUUUUCUGGUUCCUCACUAUCCUGGGAGCUGCAUUCAUGCUUGUACGCACUUUUGUUGAUUUCCUACAAUCAAGGGUGGUCACUGAUAAUCCCAAAGCUAGGACCCAGGUCGGAAACGGAUCAAUCCCUCCAAAAGGAUGGAACAUGUCUCUCAUGAAUUAUCUCGCCAUUCGAAAGGCGCGGAGAAUCUAUCCACAGGGCCAGCUGGCUUCUCCAGAGGAUGUGGGAGGUCUAUCACAGAAGCGGCAAAAGAUUGGAUUUCCCAACCCGCUCCGUUCGCUCUACAUCAUCUUUGAAAAGGAAAACGCCCUUCUUCUAUUCUACAAUGCAUUCCUGUUUGCAGCAUUCUACGAUGUUGGUGCAGCAAUACCGUCCCAGUUUGCUGAAAUUUUCCACUUCAAUGUACUCCAGAUCGGGUUAUGCUACAUCCCGUUUGGCUGUGGGUCGGUCCUUGCAGCCUUCAGCAACGGUUUGUUUCUCGAUCGAAACUUCGCCCGCUGGUGUAAGCACCUAGGUGUGAAGAUCAAGAAAGGCCGAGACCAGGACCUACGCGACUUCCCCAUCGAGAAAGUCAGGCUUCAAAUUGCGAUUCCUGCAGCAUAUUGUACAUCAAUCCUGGUCUGUAUCUUUGGUUGGAUUCUCCAUGUGGAUGGACCACUUCCGGCACUCCUUGUAAUCCUCUUUUUCACUAGCUUCUCCAUGUCCGUGGCUUUCAAUGUCACCACGACAUUGCUAGUGGACUUUUAUCCCAAGUCACCUGCCACGGCCAGUGCAGCCAAUAACCUUGUUCGGUGUCUCCUGGGGGCUGGCGCUACAGCAGCAGUUAUACCAAUGAUCGAUGCAAUGGGCAGAGGUUGGACGUUCACAUUCCUGACAUUGUUUCUUAUUGCCACUUCACCGAUGCUCUGGGUGAUCUAUUUUCGAGGAAUGGGGUGGCGACAAGAGCGACUCAGCAGAGAAGAUUCUGCCGAGGAGCUGAAAAAGGAGAACCUCAGGAGAUUGGAUGAUGGUGAGAAUUUCGUCGCAGAUAAGAAGCCGCCUGCCCAGGGUGAUGUUCCCGAGACCGAAGGUGUCGCAAAGAAACAACCAGAGAGAGGCCAACAACGCCUGCCGAGCGUUCAGUCGAACUCCACACCUGACACAGACAAGAGAGGGGGCUCACAGGGAAACAACGAUGAUAUGGAAGAGCGAGAUCAUACGAUAUCCAGAACCUUCUCAUAUAACUCGGGAUUCUGA